GCUGGCAGCGGAGCGACGCCGAUGCCGACACAAGGAAGCGGCUUCGCGGCCCAGGCUCUGCGCGGGGCCUAGCGGUGCAGCGGGCGCGGCUGGAGGCCGCGGGCGAAGGGUUAUUGGCGCGCUUGAGUCGUUGGCGUCGGCCCCGCCUCCCUCCUUCCCUCCCCUCGCCCGGCUCCCUCCCCGCAGCUCGCGCCCUCCCUGUCGGCGGCGGCGCGGAUGGCUGCGGCGGCGGCCCCGGCUCUGUACGCCUGCACCAAGUGCAACCAGCGCUACCCCUUCGAGGAGCUCUCCCAGGGCCAGCAGCUCUGCAAGGAAUGUCGAAUUGCACAUCCCAUGGUAAAAUGUACUUACUGCCGAUCAGAAUUCCAACAAGAGAGCAAAACUAACACAAUAUGCAAGAAAUGUGCCCAAAACGUGAAGCAGUUUGGAACGCCCAAGCCUUGUCAGUACUGUAAUAUUAUUGCAGCAUUUAUUGGCACUAAAUGCCAGCGUUGCACAAAUUCAGAAAAGAAAUAUGGACCGCCUCAGACGUGUGAACAGUGCAAGCAGCAAUGUGCUUUUGAUCGCAAAGAGGAGGGAAGAAGGAAGGUUGAUGGGAAGCUGUUGUGUUGGCUUUGUACACUGUCCUACAAGAGAGUACUGCAGAAGACAAAGGAACAGAGGAAGAGCCUAGGGUCUUCACAUUCUAAUUCGUCAUCCUCGUCUCUUGCUGAGAAAGACCAGCAUCAUUCAAAACACCAUCAUCACCACCACCACCAUCAUCGUCACAGCAGCAGUCAUCACAAAAUCAGCAAUCUGAGUCCAGAACAAGAUCAGGGAAUGUGGAAACAGAGCCAUAAAUCCUCUGCAGCUAUUCAGAAUGAAACUCCAAAGAAAAAACCCAAACUGGAAUCCAAGCCAUCCAAUGGAGAUAGUAGCUCUAUAAAUCAGUCAACAGACAGUGGGGGAACUGACAACUUUGUCCUCAUAAGUCAGUUGAAAGAAGAAGUGAUGUCACUCAAACGUCUUUUGCAGCAAAGAGAUCAGACUAUCUUAGAAAAAGAUAAAAAGUUGACAGAGUUGAAGGCAGACUUUCAGUACCAGGAGUCUAAUUUAAGGACAAAAAUGAACAGUAUGGAAAAAGCUCACAAGGAAACAGUGGAACAACUGCAGGCCAAAAACAGAGAACUACUCAAACAGGUUGCCGCAUUGUCAAAGGGUAAAAAGUUUGAUAAAAGUGGAAGUAUACUAACAUCUCCAUGAGGAACUGGUUACUUACAUGAGGAUUACUACUCAAUGUAAAUUUGAGUAAUUCUGUGAAGCCCUUAAAAUCCUGUGUAGUGGAAAAAUAUUUUUGCACACAAGAUUACUUGGCAUGUUUCCUACACAUUUUUAUAACUAAUAUGCAGCUUUUUAGUUAAACUGUUCAGAUAAAGUACUUCAACUGGCUUGAAGAAAUUUUUUAUUUUAUUUUUUUUAUAUUGGGAACUUUUUUGCCAGCAAUAGUAUUUAACAAUUGCAGAGGGGGUAAUACAGCAGUGCUCUCUUUAAAACACAUCAUGCAAUAACAAAAUAGGUGUACUUUCUACAGAAUUCAAAGCAGCAGCUGAAUCCCUUAAACUAUGCUAACUUUGGCCAAAAGUUCAAUUUAGAGUUUAUAAAUCUGCAAGGACAACGCUUUUUGGAAUAGGAAUAUGGACACUGGGUUCUGGCAACUGUUCUUUUGCUUUGUAUUAAAAUAUAGGACAUUUAGGAUGGAAAUCAUGGUGCUCUUAAAUGAAACUCAAAAGAUAUAUACAUAUGUGUAAAUACAAUUGUAACAGUUAUAUUCUUAGUGAUAACAAGUGAGUAACUAGUGUUUUACAUUCUUGUGAUAGGAAUUUAUUGAAAGAUUAUCUAUUGUACAGUACCAGAGGCAAAGUGGUUUUUUUUGUAAGAUUUACUGUAGACUUUUUUCUUGCAAGUGCCUUUCUCCAACUGUUUAUUUAUAGGAAUGUUGGUAUUUUGUACAUAACGUUUUUGUUUUAAGAUCAUGUUUAAUAAAUGUUUGUGUAUAUAUAAAUGUGUGUACAGAGGAAUCAAAAACAAAGAUCAAAGUUGCUAGGUGCAGUGCUUGAAGCAGCAUUAAGAACUAAUUGAUGGACAGUGUGUAUUGACUUUUUUAACCUUAUUAGAUUGUAUCUGUGGGGUUUGUUGAGUCUGGUUAGUGCUUAUUAUGCCAAACACUUCCUAAAUAAACAAUUUGUAUGUUUUUUGCCACACUAGACUAUAAUGCUUUAUGUAUUUUUCCUGUUGGCCCAGUGCUAACUUUUUUUUUUUAAUUUCAUAGCAAGCAUUGUACUCCCACUGUUAUAUCCUGAAUUAGCAGUAUAGUUAAUACUCACUACUUUAUUUUUAAAACUUGCAUAUUCAGUUUGUCUUGGUUUUAACUGUACUUAGUUGUAACUUAUGGUCACUUUUUAAAAAUUAAGUAAUUAGAUUGACACGUACUUAGUUUAGUAAAGAUACACAUCGAGAAAACCGUAGCCAAAACUGUAAUGGUCAGUACAUAAAUAAAGGGAAUGGAUGUGGUGUCAAAUGAAAGCUUAUUGUUCAACCUUUUGAAUGGAAUCUUCUGUUUUUAUAUUCAGUUAGUUCCGUUUUAGCUCUGCUCCUAAUGGACAUCAGUACAAGUGUCUUAGUAGGAUGAAACAACUUCGCGUAACUGGGGGUACACUGUUUAGGAAAGCAAGUUCUAAACCAGCAUAACUUGGAGUAGUCCGUUGUCUGUCAGAUGGUAGCUCUAGUUCAGAUGUGGAUGUUGAUUUGGUGACUUGGGAGCUGCUUGCACUUCAGCUAGCUUUAUUGUCUGAUCUCUUGCUGCUUGGAGGACUAGAAUCUAAAGUCCUCUGGCUGUCUACCCAGAUGCUACUGAAUUGGGAACAACUUCAGCAGUUUAGAGAAGACUUAGUCUAUGGCAUAAUUAUAAUUUGGAAAAAUCAAGCUACCUUGUUUCCUACAGUGAAGAUGUAUUUGAUUUCUUUUUUUGUACAUGAAGAUCAACUUUGUAAAUUUAUAAAAACUGUUCUUUAAACUUACUAAUACAGCUAGGAUAGAAAAUGCUGCUGCUAUCCUAUUGGGAUGUUAGUUGUAUUGAGAGAUUUAAAAAAAAAAAAAUUAGGACUUUUUCUGACUUUCAUUAGUUCAGAAUAAUAUUUUGAUACCGGGGGCUUUUCUCUCCAGUUUACUGGCCACCAGUCCAUGGUGCGUGUGGAUUUUAAAAUCCAAUUCAGAACCAUGCACAUCAAAUUGAUGAAUUAUCCCAUUAAGUGAUUCUUAUUCAAACCUCCUUGAGCUGCAAUACAAAUUGUCUUUUUUUAAGGAAAAGUUCAAUAUUAUACUUGAGCUUUAUAGAUCCCAAUGCUAAAAACAUUUAGGGGCUUCACAGUAUUUAGUUACAAUUAAAUACUUGAUCUCUUUAUUCUGUAACCUAACUUUUAACUUUAAUUUUUAAAGUUUGUAAACUAGCAAAUUGAAUCCCAGUCCUGAGGAAUGCGAUCCUGGAGCUGUAGUGAGUUGACAUAAUGAGCUGAUGUUCUUUUAAUGUUGAUCUGGAAAGAGAGAUGUUGUACUGUAAUGUGCUUUUUAGCCUGUUUUUAGUUGUCAAUUAACAUUGACAGGUGAUUGCCACUUUGGCUCAAGUUAUUUAUGUAUUUUAAGUCUGUGAAUAUUGCAGUCCCUUUUUAGAUAGUAUGUCUAAAUAUGCAUCCUGCAGUGAAGCUAUUCAGCUGUCCACAUGUAUAGACUAUUGAAAUACUGUAUUGACACACAUCUGAUUGACAUUUUGUACCUUUUUCUAAAUCCAAUAUUUCACAAUAAAAGCUUGUCAAAACGUUUA